AUGGCCCAAAAAAUGACCAAGAACCAGAUGAGGAGGGCGAAGAAGAAGGAGCAGAAGAAGACAAAAGGACCCGAUGAACAGCCUGCCGCCGACGAUGACGUUGCUGCUACUCCCGCCACCACGACCGAAGACGGCCAGGAGGCGGCGCGCGACACCGUCACGAAUGGGGACAAGCCGGCCGCGGACCUCAAGGCGAAGAAGCUUGGCGACUCCGCCAUGGAUGAUGACGCCCUCGAACCCGACAGCCUCGAUUCGAUAGAUGACCCGUCCAUCGCCCACGAGGAAGCCAACGCGGGGAACAAGGGCGAAGUACUAUACGGAGACGAUGACGAGAUACCCAGCGAAGACGAGGAGGCGGUGCCCAAGUUGUCGAGGAAGAAGAGAAAACAAUUGACUAAGCUCUCCAUCGCGGAACUCAAGGCCCUCGUCAAGAACCCCGAAGUGGUCGAGUGGCAAGACACCUCAUCAUCGGACCCUCGUCUGCUCGUUCAAAUCAAGGCACAGCGCAACGUCGUACCCGUACCCACACAUUGGUCUCUCAAGAGAGAGUACCUUUCUUCGAAGAGGGGCAUCACCGAGAUGCGAGAUGCGGUCCUCGAGAAGCAGGACCAGCAGACAAUGAAGCAGAAGCAACGCGAGCGCGUGGCGCCCAAGAUGGGAAAGCUCGACAUUGACUACCAGAGACUUUAUGACGCUUUCUUCCGCUUCCAAUCCAAGCCCGAGCUGACGCGGUUUGGCGAAGUAUACUAUGAAGGCAAAGAGGUCGAGGUGGACUUUAAGAAUUUCAGAGCCGGCGACCUCACCGACGCGACAAAGGAGGCGCUGGGCAUGCCUGCCGGCGCGCCGCCCCCUGGCUCAUCAACCAGCAACGGCUCGUGGGGAUUCCACCCCGGCGGCUGGGGCAAGCCGCCUGUGGACGAGUUCAAUAGACCUCUCUUCGGCGGCGACGUGUUUGGUCUCGCAGCUCCCAACGGCGCAGCUGGCGCGACAGGUGCGCCACCUGUGGCGGCAGUGCAACCCCAAUAUGCCGCCGAGGAGCCGAUAGACAAGACGCUCUGGGGCGAGCUGCAACCGCGCGAGGAGUCGGAGGAAGAGGAGUCGGAAGAGGAGUCGGACGAGGAAGGGUCGGACGACGAGGACGGCCCUGGCGCUGGCGGUCUCGAGACUCCCAGCGGGCUGGAGACGCCGAGCGGGUUCGUCAGCUCCGUACCGACAGACUACCCCAUCGGGGCGGAAACGUCGGUGGCGGGCGAGAUGGACCUGCGCAAGGCCCGUCGCGGCAUCGACACCGAGGAGUCGUCGCACCCGCGGUCCGCCUACACCGUCAUUCCCGAGGCCGCCGGCCGCGGCGUGGAGGGUUUCUUUGGCAGCGAGCGCACGUACGACCUCAACGCUGCGCGCAAUUUGUCGGUCCUGGGCCAGGACGACGACACGCGCAAGCGCAAGAAGCCAGGCGAUGUGGACGUGGCGCUCGACCCGGAUGCGCUGCUCCAGCACGACGGCAUGAGCAAGGAGGAGCUCAAGAAGCGGUACGACGAAAGCAGGCGGGAAGAGGGCGUCGGCGCGCAGUGGUCCUACGAGGAGGACCUGCAGGACAUGAUCUCGCAGGAGGCGAGAAAGAGGCAGAAGAUGGACGAGAAGAGGAACGAGAAGAAGCGCGAGAGCAAGUACAAGUUUUAG